GAUUACUUAAUCACAUUUUUAGCCAGAUUUUUGUAAAUAAUACCUUAAUAAUAAUAAUUAUAGUAGUAAAGCAAUCUUUCGAAUGCUUGUCUGUCUUAUUCUACUUACUCGUCCAUAUAUUCUACUCUCAAAAUUCAAUGUACCCUUCCAUAAUCGAAUUUUUUAUAUGCCAAAAUAUAAAAAGUCAUUGAUUUGCUACCACCGAAACCCUCAUCAGAUACCCCAUAGAAUGUCGCUGAAGGUCGCGAAGCACACGUGCUACUAUGAAGCGCAGAAAUCGAUGCCGAGGGAUAAGUCUGAGGCACUCGGACGGGAAAGCGUUUACGUUCUGGCGAAUAAACCAUGUUGCAAGCGGCGUUAUCCACCCAUCUGGCGAUGUCGCGGUGGCUCUGCUAAGGAUGACCGCUUCAUGGUGAUCACGGAGGACCCUAAGGGACAACCGCCGAAUAAACCCUCUUUUACACCAUCCGAGCUCGAUGCCAUCUGCUAUGAUGCCACCAAGGGGCCGCCGAUGCAGUUCCAUGUAGAUGGCACAGACAUUAUGCCCAGUAUCCGAGGACUGCGACUCAGUGUCUGUGUGGAGAACACACGGUUCCAGCUGAUCGGAAAGGUUACGCGGAACAUGGGCUUCCAGCAUGUGCCACAGCACCGAUUGUGGAACAUCCAGUGGUCCGACUGUACGCCCCAUCACGAACUCCUGCGGAGCAUGAAGCGUUUCCAGCAGAUAAAUCAUUUUCCGGGCAUGGUAGAGAUCUGCCGCAAGGAUCUGCUGUCGAGAAACCUUAAUCGCAUGCUCAAGCUAUUUCCUGGCGACUAUCGCAUCUUUCCCAGAACCUGGCUGAUGCCAACAGAUGCCUACGAUGUGGCCAUCUAUGCCAGCAAACACAAGCGCUCCUUUAUCCUAAAGCCAUAUUCGGCGGGUCAGGGUCGUGGCAUCUGGAUAACCACAGAUCUGCGCACCGUGACCAAGCGGGAGAAACUCAUCUGCCAGACCUAUAUCGAGCGGCCUCUCCUAAUUGAUGGCUACAAGUUUGAUUUGCGCGUCUACACGCUGGUCACCUCUGUGGAUCCCCUGCGCAUAUUCGUGUAUAAUGAAGGCCUUGCCCGCUUUGCCACCCAGAAGUACGUGACGCCGUCCUUGGGCAACGCACACAAUGUGUUUAUGCACUUGACCAACUAUUGUUUGAACCGUCGGAACUCCCAGUACAUGGUGGGCAACAGUCCGGAAGUUGGCUCCAAGCGGAAGCUCAGUGCCUUCAACAAGUGGCUGGUGGAACACAACUACGACGUGGCCGAGUUCUGGGCAAGUGUAGACGAUGCCAUCAUCAAGACGAUCAUUAGCGCGUGGCCAGUGCUGAAGCACAACUACAAUAUGUGCUUUCCGAAGCACGACAAGAUCCAGGCCAGCUUCCAGUUGCUAGGCUUUGACAUCCUGGUCGACUGGAAGCUCAAGCCCUACAUCCUGGAGGUAAAUCACACACCGAGUUUAAGCACAGACGAGACCGUGGACAUGGAGGUAAAGCGUCCCCUCAUCCGGGACACUCUGAACAUGCUCAGCACGGCCUUAGUGGACAAAGAGCAGAUCAUUCGUGAAGAUCGCAUAGAGCACCGAACAAGGCUACUGAGGAACCUCUACAACAAGAAAUCGGCUGCCCAGAUGGCCGGCCCUUCGCAGGCAGGACGCGAAACAGGUGGAGGCACCGAUUUGCGGCAGACCUACUCCAUUGGAUCCCUCACCCAGCAGAUAGCCUGGGAGGAGAGUCAUCUGGGCAACUACCGACGCAUCAUGCCGCCCCGGGAAUCAGAAAAGGUGCAAUACUAUUGCAAAUUUUACGAUCAAAACAAGGCUUCCAUGUUUGCGGGUACGCUCUCCAGUCGAAAACGGGAGGCGCAUAACCAUAAGCAGGCAAUGCAGAAACAAUGCCAAGAUAGGCAGCAAGAACAAAUUGUCAUGCAGAAGCGGGUAAGCAAUCCCCUUCGUUGGCCCUCCGAUCGUAAAUCCGAUCCGAUGAUCCAGCAUGCAAAGCGGCGUCGAGAGGUGGAAGAAGCCCGGGCCAAGAAACACCGCGCAGUGAUAGCCCGUGAGAUACAGAGCCAGAAGGAGCAGCUUCUGGCGCCCAUCUUUGCCAAGACAGAGCUGGGCGAGCGUCAGAAAAAGCCUCGUGAGAAGCAUCGCAAGAACGCCCCAAAGAGGAGCAGCAGUAUCCACAAACAUCACCGGCGAAAGGUUCAGAGACACCUGAACCACCGUGUGCGACACCAGCGGAUGCUUGAGCUGGAGGCCCAGCAGGAUGCCAAGUUUCUGGAGGAGCAUGCCAGGAAUCAGCGACUCGAAGCCGGUCAGCCCAGUGAACUCCCGAAGUCAAAGAGCUUCGUGAGCCUGAGGAGCAGAAUCAGCACCAAGAGCAAGCAGAGCCUAAAGAGCUGCAAGAGCAAGCUGAGCUCGAAGAGCUUCAAGAGCAAACAGAGCCAACAGAGCUGCUCCUUUAAGAAGCGCAGACCCGGGAAAAGCAGCUCCAGCUUACAGACCAGCUCCAAAUGGGAGUCAAUACCCAGUCAUCCUCAACUAUCGCAACCAUCUGCCAACUGGACAGCGGACGAUAUCAGCGAUGUAGAAAGAGCCGAGCAUCUCAGCUGGAGAAAGGAUAGGACUGAACAGUUUAAUGACACUCAGCUCAGGGCAUUGAUCUUCUCUAAAAUGUACGAAUGCGGACAUUUGACCAAGAACGAUAUCAAAUGUUUCCCGGAUCUGCUGUAUAACAUACUCAGCAGCAAUUACAAUGCUGCAGUUUAGAUGACGGCCUAAAAGCCCUGCCUAUGUGUCGGUUCACAAACUUCCCUUUUAACCUUUGCUUUAGGCCGUUGAGAUUAAAAAUAGGAUCCGCAUCCACUUUUAAAGAGUCUAGUA